CUGCUAAUCUCUAUUCCAAGAUAUAAAACCCCGUCCAUUAUGCACCCGGAUUCCACACAAGUCCGCUCAUGAUCGGAGGUAAGACAUUUUCAUCAUGCGUCGGUUUUACCAAGACAAUCGCCGCGUCCCGCUUGGGAUCAUCCUGGUGACCGUCUGUCUCUUCCUCUACCAUUUUGCCCUCGAUCGCCCCCCAUGGGUCGCGUCGACAGCGUAUACCCCGCAAACACCCUAUCAAGCAGGAGCAGGAGAGGCUACUGUCGUCGUGCACCCUUCACCCCCCUUCAUCGCCGAAGAUGAAAACACCUCUACGCCGCAGAAACCCGCUCCGUCGGCGGUAGCCUCCUCCGCGUCCUCCACCUCCCCUGCCUCCGACACCGCCACCAUCACCACCUCUUCCUCCUCCCUCAUCGUCAACGACAUCGUCCUCAUGUUCAAAACCGGCGCCUCCGUCCUCUGGAAACGCGUCCCCAUCCACCUCACCACCACCCUCGCCCCCACCCGCAUCCCCCCGGCCAACGUCCUCCUCUACUCCGACAGCCCCGAGACCAUCGGCGCGUGGACCUUCAUCGACGUCCUCGCCAACACGACCAUCAACGACCCCGAGAUCGCCCUGCCCUACCGCCAACAGGCCGACCACGACUUCCGCCAGAACUACGCCGAGAUCAACAACGUCUAUCCGGGCGACAACUCCGGCCCCGCCGGCGGCUGGAAGCUCGACAAGUACAAGUUCCUGCCGCUGGUGCAGCACGCGGGGCGCGCCCGCCCGGACGCCAAAUGGUACAUCUUCAUGGAGGACGACGCCUACCUCUUCCUGCCCAACCUCCUCGCGCACCUGGGGCGCUUCGACCACCGGCAGCCCUGGUAUCUGGGCAGCGUCGCCUGGAUCCAUGGCGAUUAUUUCGCCCACGGCGGCUCUGGGUUCGCCAUCUCGCGCAAGGCGUGGGAGAUGGCGUUUGGGGACGAGAAGGUCAAUAUCGAGGAGAAGUAUGCUGCAUUCACGGCGCAGCAUGGCUGCGGGGAUCACAUUCUCGGUCAUGUCCUGAAAGAGAGUGGCGUCGGGUUCGGAGAGCAUCCCGAGGCGGAGGAGAGUCGUUUUAGCUAUGGGUUCAAUCCCGAGGCGCAUUGGACGAGCUGGUACGAGCAGGAGAAUUGGUGCAAGCCCGUGUUCAGCUGGCACCACACGCACAACCGGGACGUGGCCCGGUUGUACGAGCUGGAGAUGCGGUGGGGCGACGUGCAGGCCCGGGGCCCCAUCCGCUACAGGGAUGUGUAUGAGGCGAUGGUGCGGCCGUACUUGCGCGAGCGGGUGGAGUGGUGGGAGAACGGCGCGGCCAAAUACGAUAUCCGCUCCAGUAAUGUCAAGGCCGUGACGGUGCCAGAAACCGUCACGAAGCCGCAGGCCUGGUCGGAGGCCUGGAUGUCGGUGGACCACUGCGAGACGGCCUGCGUAGCCUGGGGCGAGUGCGUGCAGUGGAGCUUCUACGAGGAUCGGUGUAUGCUCGAUAGUAUGAUCCGGCUGGGAAGCGGGAUCCCCGAGGGCGACUCCAGGCGUCAGAGCUCGCUACCCUGGACUAGUGGGUGGCUGACGAGGAGAGUCGAGCAUUGGGACUCGGCCUGUAGUGGUAGUCACCUGUAGUGAGUAGGCAGCAACGCCCGCAGUGCGGUAGAUGCCUGCGUGAGAUUACCCGAUCGGGAAAUGUUGUAUAUACC